GGGAGUGUUUGAACCCCGGGCAGCUGUAUGCCUCUGUAUAAAUGAGCCUCGACUCCAACAUUUGCAUUGAACUAUGACUGAGGCAGAGUUAUACACGCUGCACAAGGGGGUCUACAUGCCCUCAUAUCUGCACACGCCAAAGAGCCUGGAAUACUACGAAGAGUUUACUUUUCGCCCAGAUGACAUCAUCAUCGUAACGUAUCCCAAAUCAGGCACGACUUGGAUGCAGGAGAUUGUCCCUCUGAUCAUGAGUGGAGGAGAUCCAGCGUCUGUUGAGACUCUUCCUAACUGGGAACGUGUUCCCUGGCUGGAGGAGACUCACGCCUGCAAUUUUAACCUUGAACAGAGGCCGUCUCCACGAAUGUUUACUACACAUUUCCAGUACAACAUGAUGCCUCCAUCCUUCUUUGAAGUAAAGCCAAAGGUCAUCUAUGUGAUGAGGAACCCCAAAGAUGUAUUUACGUCUUCCUUUCAUUAUUAUGGGACGGCGUCCUUCCUCGUCAACCCAGGCCCACAGAUCAAGUUCCUCCACAAGUUCCUUGAUGGAAAAGUUAUGUUUGGCUCAUGGUUUGAUCAUGUAAAGAGCUGGCUGAAUGCUGAAGAUAAAGAGUGCAUACUGCACAUCUCCUAUGAAGAGAUGAUCAUGGACCUGAAGGACUCUUUGGCCAGAAUCGCUCAGUUCUUGCAGAAAUCUCUGGACGCUGAAGUGACAGAGAAGAUAGCAGACCGAUGUUUGUUCAAGAACAUGAAGCAGAACAAAAUGUCCAACUACUCUGCUGUUCCUCGUGAAUUCAUGGACCAGACAAAGUCUGAGUUUCUCAGGAAAGGAAUUGCUGGAGACUGGAAAAACCAACUAACAGUGGCAGAAGCAGAGUACUUUGAAUCUGUUUACAAAAACAAAAUGAAAGAUGUCAAAUAUAAAUUUGUAUGGGAUUUUAAAAAACCCUGAAAGGAAAUAGUUAUGUCAUUCCACUAUCCAAUGAUGCAUAAACAUGUAUAGAAAAUGCAGAUGAUUGUGAUUUACUUAAAGGUUCUUUGCAUAUAUAGCAUAAAAUAACUAUUUGCUAUGUAAAGAUGUUGUGGAGUAAUGUCUUGAGAGGCAAGCUAGAAAACAUUAUUGCUCUUAGUCCUAUUUAGAACAUGGGGUAGUGGUGCACUUCAGCCUCUUGUAGCCGAAAUUAGUAUUACAACAACAAGCACUUAACUUUCACAGCUGAUCACCAGAAAAACACGACACUACACUACACUAAUGCACAUCUAACACAGUAAACGCACAAUAUUUUGACCAUUAUGACCAAUUUGCUCUUCCUAAAACAAUCCCCCAAAAGUUGCAUUUUUCAACAUACACAUAAAAAAUGUUGCUUUCUAAUCUUGUGUUUUUCAUUCAUCUGCCCUUCCAAACAACUUAAACAGAACUUUACAUUUGAAGUCUUCAAUUAGUAUAAUAAGGAAUCAUUUUAUAUAAGGAACAUGAGUGUGCCACACCUUUCUGUUAUUAUAUACGGUGUAAAACAAAAGACAUUGAAAACACAUUUUGAAUAUGUAAUACA